GGCUUGAAGAUCGCAAGAUCUCUGCCCUCGUCUGUGUGCUCAUCGCAAGAUGGGUAAAGCAGAAGCCGGUACUCCGAAGGCGAUAGCCAACAAGAUCAAGUCCAAAGGUCUCCAGAAGCUCCGAUGGUAUUGUCAGAUGUGCCAAAAGCAAUGUCGAGACGAGAACGGCUUCAAGUGUCACACUACAUCCGAAUCACACCAGCGUCAAUUGCUGCUCUUUGCGGAGAACCCGGAUAAAUACUUGGACUCCUUCUCAGAAGAGUUCAAGGAAGGCUUUCUGGAUAUUUUGAAACGUCAAUACGGUGGGAAACGAGUACACUCGAAUCAGAUCUAUCAGGAAUACAUUCGAUUCAAAGAGCACGUGCACAUGAACUCUACCAAGUGGCUUACUUUGACAACUUUCGUCAAGUGGCUUGGCAAAGAAGGUAUAUGCGCUGUCGAUGAGACCGAGAAGGGAUGGUUCGUGACAUACAUUGACCGGAGCUCGGAGGCCAUACUCGCUGAUGAGCGUAGGUCAAAAAAGAGGAAGAUGGACCUCGAUGACGAGGAGAGGCAGAAUAAGUUCAUCCAGGAACAAAUAGAUCGACUCAAGGCAUCGUCGAAUGCGAACGAAGAAGAGAGAGCGGAGGAAGACAAGCGCUUGCUCAGAGAAACCGAUGGCGAGAAGCUAGUCAUUGCUUUCGAUAGGACAAGCACGGAGAAAGAGUCUAAGGUGACCUCAAAUCCAUUCGCUCGGUUGGAGAAGAAGGAUCGAUCGAGGAAACACGAGGCCUCGUCCUCGAAGAAGUCGGCUCUGGACGAGAUAAUGAUCGAGGAAGCUCGACGCAAGCGAAAGCGCAACGAUCACUGGCUCCACCCCGGGAUCGUGGUGAAAGUCAUCACUAAGAAUGCUGGGGAGCAAUACUACAAGAAGAAGGGUGUUGUGGAGGAAGUUGUCGAUAGGUACGAUGCUCUCGUGAGACUCAUCGAGAGCGGCGUGAAACUCGAGCUCGAUCAAGUUCAUUGCGAAACGGUCAUACCAUCUGCUGGACGCAAAGUAAAAAUUGUCAAUGGCCCCUACAACGGCCAGGAAGCGACGCUCCAGGAUAUUGAUGUAGACAGAUAUUGUGCAACCCUCAAGCUCAAGACGGGGGUCGUUGUGAAAGGAGUAGAAUACGAAGACUUUUCGAAACUAAGCGCAUAG